GCGCAGGGCUGGGUGAGCCGGCGGUGGCUUGGCCGAAGCCAUCCGGUGGCAGUUCCCUCGCCAGCACAGGUGGUGCAAGUGGGCCGAACGCGUCUUGCAGGCGAAGUUCGCCGUGGACCAGCAGCUGAGGCGGUGGUAGGUGCCGGUGUCGAGGUCCUGGAUGUGCGUGAUGGCUUGACACCUCCGGACACGAAGGAUUUCUGCUCUCCGCUAAAGGUCGUUACUGUACCCGACUUCAUCGCUCACGAGCCCGUCACUGACGAAGUCAAUCGUCAGCAAGAAGCAACCAAAAGUGCUGCAUGCUAUGCAGAGGCUUUGGGUUCAGCCGUGCUUGAUGCUGCAGCAGCCCGCCGCUGGGGUGUUGCCAAGGUAUUGUUGCAGGAGCUGCAGAGGUCCCCUGAGGUGUUGCGAAGGCGAGCUCUCUCGAAGGCGGACGUCACAUGCAAGACGGCUCUUCGAAUGUGUGUUGAUGCACUAUCCAAGAGCAAGCCGCCCUUGCUUCAGGCGCUCUGGCAGCGCACAGAUGGGAUCUACGCAAGAGCGUGCGGCAGUGCUGCGGAUCUGCUGAACGGGAAGGCCCCGCCGGUCGUGCCGCCACAGUACAAGGCCCCACCACCGCCGCUGCCGGAGGCGGAACUGCAGGGGCUGCCACUCGCCGUGGCCAAUCUGCGCUGCGUCUUGGAAGCAGCUCACGCCGGUGGGUGGGUGGCCUGGCGCGACCUGGCGGCGGCGAUGACGGUGGAUGACAGGGUGGCGCUGGCGGAGUUCUCAUCGGCGCUCAUGGUGGUGCCGCCGGCCAACAUGCCGAGCGACGCCGCCUUGAAGGAGAAGAUGAAACGCCGGUUGCCGGCUACCGCGGCCACCGCCGGAGAAGUACCAGCCGCCGGCCCGUGUACUACCACGACGCCCAGGACACCCUCGAGGACCCGGACGCCGGCAUCUUCUUCUACCACCAUGGGGGCGCCGCCGUCGGCCUGGUCGGGUGGAUUGUCCUGGCAGCCGCCGGCAGCACAGCCUACCCAUGACGACGGGGUGUCGGGGAGUGUCUUCCUGGACGCCCCGCCGCCGGAUCGGACACAGAGGACUGGCGCCGCCGUCUUCCUCCAGACCGCCGCCAGUACACCAGCGAGCACUACGCCGGGUGAUGGCACACCAUGGGGCCUCACGCCGGAAAUGGUUCGCCAGGGCAUCGCUCGGAUGGAGGCAGAGUCCGCCGCUAUCUCCGCGGCGCAGACGCCGGGGGUGACGAUCCAGAUUGACUCCGAGGGACGCCGGCAUCGGGCAGCACCACCAGGCGCCGAGCAGAGGCCGACCCGCCCAUCCUCGCCGCCCUCGAGAUCUACAGCCAACCUCGCCUUCACGCCGGGCUCUGUGGCGGGGACGUCCGUGAACACCGACGAGGUAUUGAAUGAGGCGGCGAUUCGCCUGGCGAUGUCUAACCAGAACAACGCCGGCCCUGGAUUUGAUCCUCAGUCGCCGGUGCCGGAACAGCGCAGACCGAUCUUCCCGCCGAUCCGGGACACGGGGAACGCCGAGGAGGCACGCCGGGGCAGGGCCGAGCGCAGAGGAGGUGAGCGGCCGGCAACCGCCGAUGAUCCCCCUCCCCCUGCGCCGGUCCAGGACUACCCGCCGCUGACGGCCAGCCCGGUGACAUGGGUGCCAGCACCGCCGGUCAUGGGACCCCUGCCGCCCGAGAGGACCACGCCGGCACAGGCCACCAGCUCUACCACGGCGCCGCCCAGGACUACUACACCAAGGCGCCGGUCGGCGGAUCGCGGAGAUAGGCGCACGCCGGACAGAGUGGCAUCUCUCUCGCCGGGCCCGACCCACCGAUCUGGAACUGUGGGCAUCCGCUCCAAGCUGUCCGACGCCGAGGUGGCCGAGAUUCGCCGCAACCUCACGCCGGAGUACAGUCGCUACAAGGACCGGAUGCAUCGCCGCGGCGCGGCCGCCGAAGACGACGUGCCACAGUCCAUUCGGCACCUCGCCCGCCCGACGGUGGAGGAUGUGAUCCAGACGGAGGCGGCGGCGGACGCCGGUGACCAGUCCGCCGUGCCGAAGAUACCGCCGGUAUCAGCUCCCACCUUCUGUGGGUACUGGUUCUGCCGCCGCCUGCCUGAGGGCUAUCUUGGCGCCAGGAUCCCUUGGGAGGCGCAGAAAGACCGCCGCAGGGUCGCCGGAUGGUGCACACAUCCCUGCACGGCGGCGGGGUGUCAGUUUGUCGCCGAAUGCCGCAAGCUCACCUCCGCCGGGGUCGGUCGAUGCCUGAGGCGGGGGCGACAUACGCCGGAGCCGGCAGCCGAGCUGAUCUGUGAAGACAUCGCCGGACUCCAGGCCAACGCCGCUAAGGCGGAUAUGGCACUGGUGCCGGUGACGACGACGGUCGGCUCGACCUUUGGGGAAUUUCUCAAAGUGGUCGCCGACGCCGGGGGCACGGCGCAUCUCGCUACCUUUGCCCGGCUGGGAGUGACCAACUCGCCGGCGGUUCGAGAUUCCUUCCCAGUGCUGCUUGCUCACGGCGUGCCCGAGGCGGUUCUGCUGGCGAUCUUGGCGCCGGUGCCGCCGCAGCCGCCGGUGCCGUCGCUAUCGCAGAUGAGAUCAGAUGUGCCGGAACGCCGGUCCUCCACUCGGGCCUCUAUGGCCGCGGCACUCGAGGCCAUGGACCCGAGCCGCCGGGCCGAGACUAUGGCGGCGAUAGACUCCAACCUGCUGGCGCAAUCGACACGCCGAUCCAUGGAGUCGAGAGUCAGGAUGCUCAACUCGCUCGCCGAGAAGGGGGACUUCCAGCUGUUCCCCCUCGACGCACAGAAGCUGCAGCUCCUCGCCGGCGCUCUCCGCAUAGGCGGAUACCGCUCGGCGUUGGCGGCGGGGGGCACACAGGCUCAGGCCGUACUGGGCACCUCGCCGGCCUGUCUCGGGCAGACACAGUGGGCGGCGGCGAUUUGUGACGCCCCGCAGGCAGCACAGCAGGACCAGACGGCCACGCCGGGACCAGCGGCCGAGCCAGAUGGACAGACUGAGGCACCCGACGGCGCCGGUGUUCUCGCCGCUCCGGGCGUGCCGGCUGUGGAUUUCUCCGCCGAGCUCCCAGCCAUCGACUUUGUGCCGGCGCCGGUGUCGGCAGAGAAGGCCUUGAUACCGGCGGCCACGGCGACCCACUACAUCAUGAACUGCCGCACCCGCCUGCUGCACAAGCCCGCCGCGGAGGAGGCAGAGACGGAGCGAGCCGAGUGGCAGGCACGAUGCGGAUGGCCAUACGGCGUGCGCCAGUUCUACAGGCUGCACGACCUGCCGCCGAAUCCAUCGAUGUGCCGCCGGUGCUUCCCGGACACACCGGUCGACUUGGAGGCGCCGGAAGCCGUGUCAUCAUCCGACAGUGACCCAAAAGAACCGACGACGACGCUGACGCCGGUGUCAGUCACUUGCUUUAGACCUCUUGCAGCCAUGGCCGCCGCACCGACGGUGGCGUCGCAGAUGGUGCCGCUGGGCGAGCUCUUCAACACAGCGGGGGCCGGCGACGGCAUCCGGCAGUACCUCGCCGCCAAGAAGAUAUCCACCACCCCGACGCUCGCCUUGAUCGCCAAGAACGCCGAGGACUUCACGACGAUGAUCGUGGCGCCUUUCCUCGCCGGAGUGACCAUAGACGGCCAGGACCACAAGGCGGAGGCGGGCGAUGAGCCGGUGGCGACCGCCAUCAUGAUUCACUUGUUUGUGGAAGCUCGCCGCCAGUGGGAUAUCUUUUCUCAGGCGCCGACAGCUCCACAACCACAGGCGGCGGCGACCACGGCGGCACAGACAGCAGCCGGGAACACGCCGACCGCAGCAGCGACGGCGGCACACAUCCCCGACCGCCCGCCGAAGACCUUCGCCGCUUGGACCCAGCAGGUGACGGCGUAUGAGGAGAAGCUGUUCGACGGGAAGCGCCGCACCUUCCCUGUCCAGGAGCUCCUCGGCGCCGAGGAGGUGUUGGCGCGGAUGUGGUUCGAACACACCGUGACCAAAAUGUAUACGCCGGUCACCCUCGGCGAAAUCCUAUGCCGCCGCACUUGGACGCCCGGCAGGAUGCUCAACCCCUUGGCCGCCGACAGGGCGGCGAAAUCCGCCGGUUCCAAGGCCUUGCGGCUGGAGCACGGCGCCUUGGUGCCCGAGGAGCCCUCCGAGUGGUCGCCGCGGGGCCUCCUCUCGACGAUCGACGGAGCCAACGCCGCCAGGUGGGCAUGGAUUCUCUUGGGGAUCGGAGAGGAGGCCGACGUGAUCAAGUACGCCGACUGGUUUGUGGCCAAAGCCAGGGCGCACGCCGACAUGGUUCCGGCGAUCCAGGCCUUCUGGCACAAAUCGGCGUGGACCAUCGCCAUGGCGCUGCGGAACAGCACCUCCUUUGGCGAGGCGGUGAAGGGCGUCAUGAACGACGUGGCGACCUGGCAGGAGAUCAUCAUCGCCAACGCCGCGCCUCCUAGACGACCGCCGGCCUUGCCACUCGCCGACCCAAACGCCGCCACCGAGGAUUACGACGACCAUGGCGCUGACCCCUGGGGGGGCGGCAACCGCCGCAAACGCCGUCGACCAGGCAAGCCCAAAGGCAAAGGCCGCGACGGCAAGGACCAGGACCCCCCCAAGAAGACGGACGCCGCCAACCAGCAGGACCAGGGAUGGUGGUCGACGAGAGGCGGCGGGAAGCAGCAGAACCAGCAGCAGACCUGGUGGGGCCACGCCGGCGCGGACCAGAGGCAUCAGAAUACCGACGGCGGUGACAGACCGUGGCGGCGCCCCGGCGUACCCGACCGGUCGCCGAAGAAAAUUCGACUCUCUGCUCGAGUUCCGCCCGGCGCCGAGGUCAUUGUGCUUUCGGCCUUUGACGGCGUCGGAGCCGCGCCGUGGCUGGUGUGGGAUCUUAUCGGCGAGCCUCGGGCCAUCUUCUCCUGGGAGGUGGACCGCGCGGCGAUCCAGGUCGCCGACUACCACAUACCCGGGAUCAGGCACCGCGGCGACAUCACUGAGGACACGCCGGAGGACCUCGCCGCCGAGAUUCAGCACAUCGACGGACAGGCCGAGUGCAUCAUCAUCUUCACCGCGGCGCCGCCGUGCCAAGACUUCUCACGGGUUGGCGACCGUGACGGGCACGCCGGGAACAGGGGCUACCUUUUCAACUUCACGGCGGAGUUCCUCGACGAGCUGCGUCGUCGGCUGGCGCCACGCAGGUUCGGGUUCCUGGUGGAGAAUGUCGAGAUGACGCCGGCCGACGCGGCAGAAGCAUCCAAGCAGCUCGGUUGCCAGCCGGUCUUCGCCGACGCCGCGGACUUCGGGUGGAUUGGCCGGCCUCGGCUCUGGUGGUCGUCGGUCGACUGGGACGAGAUCACCCGCGACCCCUCCACGGCGGAACGUUGGACUUGGGUGCUGCAUCGCCGCUGGGAUCGCCUUCGACUAGACUUGCCGAGGGCAGCACCGGACAGCUUCGACCUCGACGGCCUCAAGUUCUCCGACGCCGUGGCCUCUGGACGCAUUCGACUGCCGUGCUCUACUACGCCGGCGGCCGAUGAGAGAGGGAGACCACCGCCGAGAUCCAUGCGAGGCAAGGUCACGACGGAGGUUCAGCAGAGAUGGCUCCAGGACAGCCGACAGUUCGCGCCGUGGCACUACCAGCGCGACGCCAUGCUCGCCGAUGACCAAGGGAAGCUGGUAGUGUUGACGCCGAGCGCCAAGGAACAGCUCCACCACAUGCCGAAGAACUUCACGGCGGCGACGGCACAGGGCGAACUUGAACCCAGGACCCGCCAUCGCCUGCUGGGAAACGGCUGGCACUGGGGCGUCGCACGCCGCCUUCUUCUGGCGGUCUUGGUUCAUGCGGCAGCGUCGCUCCCAACGGCGGCGGCGAUACCAACGGCACCGCCGACCUCGACUAUCCAGUGGGUCGCCGCUCUUUGGGGGCCAGCCGGCCCGCCUAUGGGCCCAGCGCCGGCCAAGCCUACCAUGGCGGCGCUUCAAGAGCUCGACGAGGAGGCACAUUGGCGGGCGUCGUGGGCGUUGGAACACCCCCUAGCCAAACCACCGCCGCUGGAGCCGGCAUGGGAACUCCUGCUGGACCUGCGACGCCGUUGGCGCCAUGACUUAGUUCGGAUACGCCGGGAGGUCCUCGCCGAGGUGCACCUUCUCAUCGACGACCUCGAGGAAGACUCGCGAACUUGGAUGGCGGCGUGCCCCUCGUGGGUCAGGGCCACCUACUCAACGCCGGAUAAGCCGGCGCCUACACGGGUUCUCGCCUUCUUGGAAUUACUACGCCGGCUGGGGUACCCAGACCUCACGGCGCUCACCGAGGACAUGACCGACGGCUUCCAGAUGCUCGGCGAGAUUCGACCAGGCCCGGGCUGGAGACGCCGCGAAGACGGCAAGUAUCAGAACCCGACCUCCGUCGCCGACCUGGUGGCGACCAACGCCGAUUAUGUGCGCAG